AUGCCUAGAGAUGCUUUACAUCAUGGAGGUGUUGAGCACCGAGAGUUGCAUAAUGCCUAUGGUUACUACUUUCAUAUGGCUACAGCUGAUGGGCUUGUAAAGCGAGGAGAUGGGAAGAAUAGGCCUUUUGUUUUGUCAAGAGCAUUCUUUCCUGGAAGUCAAAGGUAUGGAGCAGUUUGGACAGGAGAUAACUCUGCAGACUGGGAUCAACUCAAGGUUUCAGUGCCAAUGGUUUUGACCCUUGGUUUGACUGGAGUAUCAUUUUCUGGUGCGGAUGUUGGUGGGUUUUUUGGCAAUCCCGAGCCUGAGUUGUUAGUUCGUUGGUAUCAACUUGGCGCUUACUACCCGUUCUUUAGGGGCCACGCCCAUCAUGACACCAAAAGACGAGAACCUUGGUUAUUUGGGGAAAGGAAUACAGAACUAAUGAGGGAAGCCAUACGCGUUCGUUACAUGUUACUCCCAUAUUUCUACACCUUAUUUCGAGAGGCAAACGUAAGUGGUGUGCCAGUUGUGCGCCCACUUUGGAUGGAAUUCCCAGCUGAUGAAGCUACUUUCAGUAAUGAUGAGGCUUUUAUGGUUGGAAACAGUAUUUUGGUGCAAGGAAUUUAUACAGAGGGUGCCAAACAUGUGUCAGUGUAUCUCCCGGGGGGACAAAUUUGGUAUGACUUGAAAACCGGAACCUCAUAUAAGGGAGAGAUGACCCACAAACUGGUGUCUCAGAAGAGAGUGUUCCUGCUUUUCAAAGAGCGGGAACCAUCAUACCAAGGAAAGACCGAUUUCGCCGAAGCUCCACUCAGAUGGAGAAUGACCCUUACACUCUGGUAUGUGUUCGAUUCUCAAGUGCUUCCUUCUUGGCACAUUCUCCAGCUUGCAACCCUGCUGGCCCCCCCUUUCCCUCUCCUUUAA